AUGGCCGACGCCGACGCCGAAGCGGACGCGGAGGCCACGGAGGUGCUGCUCCUCGACCACGACGACCACAAGAACGAGGCGCUCGCCCGCGGCCCGCGACCUCAUGCUCGCGCACCAGGACCUGGCGGUCACGCACCGCCUCCUGGGCGAGCUCCACUACGCCGCCGCCGUCCGCGCGGCCCGCGGAGACGGCACCGCGGAGGCCAGGAACGCUGCGGCGGCGCCGCACCUCCGCGUCGCCCGCGACGCGCUCGCCGCGGCGCGCCGCCUCGCCCCCGACUGCGUCGACAUCGCGGCCGCGCUCUGCGACGCCUUCGCGGCCUCCCGGAUGUUCAAGGAGACCGAGGGCGAGUACCUCCGCGCGCGGCGCAUCCCGCGGCCUUCCAGCCCUCGGUCGUCGACAGCGUCCUCCUCCCCUACAUCGGCCCCCGCGUCUCCCUCUUCUACAUCUUCGUCCAUGACGCGUCUGCCGGUCGCAUCGACGACUGGCUCGUCGCGCUCUCCCGCUGCCGCGUCGAGUCCAUCCACAUACUUGGCAGACUCAUAUCAUGCUUCAACCUUCACUCCUCCACCUUCUCCUUCGGGGAUCUCGUGUCCCUGCGGCUGCAACGCUGCAACAUCCCACCCCUCCCCGUAGGAUUCGCCGGCUUCCCAGCGCUCCAGGAGCUAGACCUCUUCAUUAUUAACUUCCCAGCCAGUGGGCAAUUGGAGACUAUCAUUCGUCGGUCACCCUUGCUUCAUACCCUGGAUAUGUUUGAUGUGUUCAUCCCUGAUGACUACCCAGACUCAUUGAUUGAGGCGCCCAAUCUCCGUCUCCUAUCAAUCUGUUCAGAUUAUGACUAUGGCUGGCGAUUUGGAGGGCUGCCGUGCAUCAAAUAUGCCAACAUUGAUGUGUUAUUCUGUCCGUGGCAUGAACAUGGUUUUGGAGAUCUCCUUGCUCGGUUUGCUUGUGUUCAAAGGCUCGCUCUCUUCUUGCCGGCUGAUGAUGUUAAGAUGCCGUAUACACUUCCAUUCACCUUUUAUAACUUGAACUUAUUGAGGUUAUAUAUGGACUUCACUGAAAUGCGCCCCAUUUUGUUCAUGUUUACCUUGCUAAGGAGUUGUCACAACCUUCAAAACCUAGAAAUAGAGUCGCGGGAUGGUGAUGGUCAGAGUUUCGAGGCAGAUUGGAGGUUCUUAAAUGCUCUGUGGACUGAUGGCAUGUGUGCCAAUCUUCAAACUGUGGAGAUGAGUAGUAUCAUUUGGCUUCCAAAUGAAAUUUCAUUUAUGAAGCUUGUGCUCUCUAAAGCAAGGCGUCUUCACACGUUGUCUGUUGAUAGUCACCCAGAUGAUUUUGAUGAUCCAAUAAUUGACUUGCUAAACUACAAAAGAGCUUCAGCUCAAUCUCGUGUCAUGUUUGAAGGUUCGCUGCAGCAGUAUUAG